GUAAGUCCAACAAAUAAGAAUUACUCUCUUCUUCAACAACAGCAACGGCGACGAACAGGUCUAAACUACUUCGAGCGCAGUGGCCGCUCGUCACCACGCGACGAAUCCUGUAUGAACCAGAAUCAGGCAAUAGAGUCCUCAGAGAACUGGGAUGAUGAUUUCGAAUUCCAGCAGAGUAACGAACCGAACCUCGGCAAACAUCAGGUGGCUGCAGAGCCCAGAUUCUCUGUCGCGAGUUCUGCCUUUGCUGAGGAUUGGGACACCGAAGGAACCCAGCAGAACAUCAAGCACUCGUCAUCCAUGGUACUAGGGCACGGAAAGAGCCAUCCUGCACCUGCACUUGAAGAAUGGGCGGAGCCAGGGCCAUCAACCCCCACAAAGCGCUCUACAACACAAGCAGAGAACUGGGAUGACGACUUCGAGGAUAGGACUGAAUUCCCUGCUAAACGGCACCCCCACGCCUACUCUUUAAAAACACGUCAUUCAUAUCAUACUCCUCCUCGCCUCAAAUCCGCGUCUGACCCUGAGAAUUGGGAUGACGAUUUUGAAACAGACAAGACCGACACGACCCCAAUGACAAAACGGACGCGUCAGGAGGCAUAUCCAGACUCAUCGGAUGACGAGGCUGAGCUCGGGUUCACCGAUAAGGAAGAGGACAGAACUGUUACGGCUUGCAGCCGACCGCAGCUCAAGUUGAGACAGUCCCCGCCGCCGCCUGUGCCUGCACUCCCCCUGUCACUCCUCUCACCUGUAGAACCAUUUCCACGCUCUCCGACGGUGUCUGUGUUCUCAAUACCAACUACAAGCGGACGUAACUCAGUAGGGUAUACGUCAACGUCACAUCUGGCACUGAGGCCAAGCGCCUCAGGUGGCUCACUUGCUAUGUUGCCACCCAGUCCACCAAUACACCGUGAGCGACGCAGACUACGGAAAAAGUCACGUCCUCCGCACAUAGAGAACAAUGUGUUUGAGCUAAUUGAAGAGCAGCGCGACUCACCUCCACCACUUCCACCAUCCACUCCCGAGCGACCAUCUACUUCGCCCCUCCCUCAAUCUGACACAGGUUCAACUGGCCCACAGAAGACACCUCUCCUUUCGCGCAUCGGAUCAGUCAAGUGGGGUGUGCGCAAGAAGCGAGCCAGUACGGGGCCAGCAGAGGUAAUGAUGCACGAUCUCGGGCACGAAGACCAAGAGCACACGCCACGCCCACCUAGCUCGCUCACAUCUGUCCUUAGCUCGAGCUCGCGACCGAGCUGGUUUUUUCGCUCUGGCGGCGCCCUUGGGUCUGGGUCCCCGCCGCCUCCGCCCGCCGCUGAACUUAAGCACGAGAAGAGCAUGAAUAGCAUACGUUCGGUCAUGCUAUCAACGCCCAGCAAGCUUUCAAAGCGCAAGUCCAGCAAGAUGUUUGACCCAAGUAGCAGCAGUGAGGUCGUGGGGACACCCGGAAAGCCAUCACUUCUCUCUGCGGCCAGAAGACCCACUUCCAUGCAAGUCCCACAGGGGAAGGUCCUUUCGACCUCUACAGGGACACGGCACACCUCAUAUGGCUCAUCAGUGGGUCGUGUGGCAUCCCAGACGUUUAGUCAUCCUCAUGAGAGCGUGGAAGAUCUGCAAUCUCGGGAGGGUAGUCGGGGUUUCAUGGGUAGCAUGCGGAAAAUUAGCCUUAUCAGUGGCACAAAGCACAAACGACAGAAGAGUACUGCUGAGGUUACACCCCUCCCACCAAUUCCUAUGAGCCCAACAUCUCUACUCCCCGACGAGUCCGAGCAUCCAGAUCAAUUACUUCCUCCAAUAGAGCUACAGCCACCAUCCCCGCCCAGAACGCUGAACGGGGUGACCGCGUCACAUUCUGCGCCGAAUAAUAUUAGCCAGGGUGUCGAAUCGUUAUUUGUGCCAUCGAGCAGCGCUCCUGUAUCACUAUCUCCUAAGGCCAGUCCUGUCUCUGCAAGCCGCGGCUCUCCUGGCAAAGCAUCAUCCCCUCAAUCCGCAUCAUUAGGACGGGCUACUCAAGUUCCCCUUUCAUCAUCAUCUAGUCCCUCCGUCCCCCGCAGGAACUCACUUGGCGACCUCAAGAUUCCAGCGAGAAUCAGUCAAGCUCAAAUCAGCCUUAAACGUGACCUUGGAAUGGUGAGGGAAUUUGCAGCAAGCGUUGAUAAACUUAAAGAACUGCGAGCAAUUCACCAUCACCUAAUCUCCGAGGUGCACACCACCCUAACGAGCCCUCCUCUAUCCCGAGCGGCUUCACCCCCCAUGAUUUAUCUUGCUCGCCCCCGUUCCCGACUACGCUCUAACACCGAACCCAAGUCUAGCUUUUCAGAGAACAAACAUUUAGCAGCAGCAUUGAACGCCAUCACGGCCAAGUACAAGAUACCCUGGGAAUGUGCCGAGCUACUUAUUGAGCUCGGCGGAGGCACGUCUUCCCCUGCUUCUCCUCCGUCUUCCACUGUAUCCGCACCAGCUGCGCAGUCUGAUAUCGACCUCCGAAAGAGCCGGGAGCGAGCAGUGACUCUGUCAGGCGAGGAAUCGAAGUUGCCCUCAGGAUUCGUUGGGUCGGCUGCAACGGCACAGUCCAAUCUGUCAUGGCGAUCGUCAUCAGGACGUCACGAUCUCACCCAGCGACAGCUUGUCCUGUUGCGCGACAUCCUCAACAGUACAGAUGGUGCGCUUCCUGACGAUGCAUUGGUCCCAGAGGAAACGGAUGUCAAUCGACAAUGGCGGUGGGGAGAUGCAAUGAGCAGCACUGUCACCCUUCCCUCUGAAGAAUCAGUGCAAACUUCGCAGGAUGGAAAGAAAAGGCGGCAUAGCCGAAUGGGCAUGAGUGGGCUAAGAGAUAUGCUGCGGUCGCUGAAGCGGAGCUAUUCGAGCCAGCCGCCACCGCCACUGCCUGUAUCUACCACGUCUCUAAGCACCCAAUCAUCCAUGGGCUCUCAGAGCCAGCAUCAUUAUUCGCACGCGCAUCUACCUCGAUCACACCCCCAGCGAAGCUCUAAAACGAGUACUAGACCAGAAUCGGCACGUUAUACUGGGGAUGUGCCAAAUUCGCCGUACGAUGGACAAUCUUUGAAAUACAAGGCAUCGCCACGCCGACCCUCACUCGCGUCUAUCUUCCGCCUGGGGCAGAAGAACAAGAAUGUGUCGUCUGGUGCAGAGUCUUCGCUAGAUAGCGUCCAUGGUUCGCGCUGUGCAAGCCGAGGCAGUGCUACGACGGAGGAAGAGGAUUGGGAUCAGAUUGACUUUGUCACGGAUCUUGACGGAGCGGCGAGAGCACUGGGGAUCGAUGGGUCUUCCACGAUCAAGGGAAAGAAGGGACGCUCACCUUAUCUAAAUCAUUCAAAUGAGAUGCGCCCAAUAUCACCCAAGCGGGAGGCGUGUUCCUCUCAAACGUCGUUGAAGUGUGAACUAUCCCCUCGUUCCAUAAGACCGAUGCGCUCUACCAGACUAUCGAACGUGGAGGAGGUGGUUGAUGAUCGUCAUGUACGCUCGAAAUCGAACGCUCAGCACCGCGUCUCUCGGCCACGAACGAGCCCUUCACGGCCGCCGUCUCGGAACUACAAGCUUGCAAUAUCGGGGUCUGUACGCUCUGCGCCUCCACAGCCACUCGACGGUGACUCCUCGUUGCUCUCCGAAUUUAAAUUGUCGAUGACACCGGAAAAUAUUAAGCCGCUGCUCGACAAUGCGAAGGAAGUGCAUCUGCGCUUAAAUGAAUGUAUCAGGGAAGUACGUGCGCUGCUGGACGCUUCUACGAACUCGCCAUCAUCGUAGUUCAUUCAUCGCACUUCAUUUUGGACUUCAUCAUCAUCGCACCGCACCGCACCUCAUGCAUGGUUAUAUCUGUACAUUUUACAUGUUGUUUUCUUUUCUUUGGUUGUUUUUUCUUGUGUGAUAAUUGACAUCACGUUGAUAUUUAUGAUAACACGUACUCUGACAGCAUUCACGAACAUACUUACAUUACAAAUGUGCAAUACGAAACAAGUUGAAC